AUGGACAACAUGGAUCUGGUGGUCAUUGGCGCAGGCUGGAGCGGGCUCGCUGCCGUCAAGGCCUUUCGCGAACUCAACCCUGACGCGAAUGUGCUUCUUGUCGAGGCGGCCAGCUCCAUUGGUGGAGUCUGGGCGAAGCACCGCCUGUACAAGGGCCUCAAAUCGAAUAACAUGCUGGGCACGUACGAAUUCAGCGACUUUCCCAUGGACGAGACGACGUUUGGCGUGAAGCCCGGCGAACACAUUCCCGGCGACGUCGUGCAGCGGUACAUGGAGGCCUAUGCUGCGCACUUCGGCUUCACGGAUAACAUUCGACUGAACCACCGCGUGGAGAGCGCCGAACACAAGCUGGACGGAACCUGGCAGCUGGUGGUGUCGCACGAGGCACAAUCCAUCACCAUUGACACCAAGAAGCUCAUUGUAGCCACAGGCAUCACCUCGCAAGCCUACCUACCCACCUUUGAGGGACAGGAGACCUUUGGCGCACCGCUCUUCCAUUGUCGCGACAUGCUGCAACAUGAGGAGACCCUCCUCAAAGCUGGGGAGCGCGUGACGGUGUUUGGCGGGACCAAAUCCGCCUGGGACGCAGCGUAUGCGUGUGCUACAUCGGGGAUGAAGGUCGACUGGAUCAUCCGCGAGUCUGGCCACGGCCCCAAUUGGAUGGCGCCGCCCUACGUGACUCCGUUGAAGCGAUGGCUCGAGAAGCUGGUCACCACACGCUUCCUGACGUGGUUCAGCCCGUGUAUCUGGGGCCAGGCCGAUGGUUACUCGCGCGUACGAGGCUUCCUGCACGGCACCUGGCUGGGCCGCAAGAUUGUCGAUGCCUUCUGGGCAGUGCUAGCCGACGACGUGGUGCAGCUCAAUGGCUUCAACAAGCACCCCGAGGUGAAGAAGCUGCAGCCAUGGGUCAGUCCCUUCUGGAUCGCCUCAUCCCUCAGCAUCCUCAACUACCCCACCGACUUCUUCGAGCUGGUCAAGGACGGCACUAUCAAGGUGCACGUCACCGAACUCGAUCAUCUCUCGGACCAUACCGUGCAUCUGGGCACCGGUGAGGCCCUGCCGACGUCUGCGCUGAUCUGCUCGACUGGCUGGCGCGCAACCCCGAACCUCAAGUUCCUCCCUGAGGGCAUCGACCGCGAGCUGGGCUUCCCGUGGAGCGCUGACCCGCUGGAUGAGAAGAUGGUGAAGGCCGCCGACGAGGAGAUCCUGCGGCGAUUCCCGCGGCUGCGCAACGGACCGCCUCGCAACCCUCUCUACCGCCCGCUCAACAACCAGGCCGAGGCCUCAGCACCGCAUCCAUUCCGUCUGGCGCGCUUCAUGGUGCCUCUGUCGCUCGCCCGGGAGCGUUCGCUGGCCUUUAUGGGUGUCACCAUGACCAUCAACACCACGCUGAUUGCGCAGACCCAAGCCUUGUGGAUUUCAGCCUACUUUGGCGGCCAGCUCACGCCGACUGCCGUCGAAACGUGCCCGGCUGCAGUACGUGCUGCUUCGGACUACAAGACGGAGGAUCUCGAUGAGCUCGACUUGGCCUGGGAGACGGCGCUGCACUCCGAGUUUGGCCGGUUUCGCUACCCCGGGGGAUUUGGCCAUCGCAAUCCCGAUUUCGUCUUCGAUGCUAUUCCGUUCAUCGACCUCAUGCUGCGGGAUCUGGGCUUGUCCCCGGAGCGAAAGCAGGGCAUGUUGGCCCGGUGCUUCCACCCGUAUGGCACGGAGGAUUACCCGGGCCUGGUGGAUGAGUGGAAGGCGAAGCAGUCUCGCAAAUAA